GGUUCGUCGUUUGAACGAUAUAUGCUUCCGUACCCACGCGCAGUUCUGUUAAUGGCAUCGCGCGCUCACGAGGAGCCGAAUCCAAAGUGUCGUUCGGGCUACGUGUCUGUUCGGUCCUUCGAAGGCGUUCGCGUGAAACGUCCUCAAACUUUUGACAGAGGAAACGUGCCAGUUUGAGGUUGCCGCCGUCAUAGUGUCGUUGCUGCGUGAGUUGACGCGUUAGAGAUACUUAAAAGUGAGGUUAUGUAAUAUUGUUUGCUAAAGGAUCUUAUGCGCGGCGCGUUCGAUGCCGACGCUCAAUGACACGUGAUAUUAUAAAUAUCUCGAGGUCAAAAGUUUGAAAAGAAGUUCGACCGUUUGAAAAUAUAAUUGUAAAUUAAUUGAAAGAAUUAAGUGAAAUAAAUAGAUUAAUAAAUUAACAAAUAAUUAAAUAAAUAAAUAAAUAAAUAAAUAAAUAAGUAAAUAAAUUAAUAAAUAUAUAAACAAAUAAAUAAAUAAAUAAAUGAAUGAAUGAAUGAAUGAAUGAACGAAUGAAUAAUAAUUAUGACGAAAGAGGAAAUAGAAUAUGGAAGGUGAAAUAUGAAAGAGAGAGAAGGAGAGAGAAGGAGAGAGAAGGAGAGAGAGAGAGAGAGAGAGAGAGAGAGAGGAAGCAUAUAGUCGAAGGAUUGACGUUCUCGUCGCGUCGUUGCUAAGAUACUUUGGUAGAGAGUGUAGUAAGUUUGAGGAGGAAGAUAAAUAUUAGAAAGAGAUGACGCAUAAAUAGAGGAUAGGAGAGAGAGAAAGAAUAAAAAAAAAAAAAAAAAACAGAAGAAGAGGAAGGGAAGCGCAACGCCGUCGACGUCCGUCGUAGGUCGAAGCUGCUGCAGCUCGGCCGGUUGUGCGAAGGCAAGCGAAACCCCGUUCGUUGGGUCUUUCCCCUUGACAGUCCUCUCCCCACCCCACCCCAUCCCUCCCUUCCCUUCCCUCCCUCCAUCGGUGGGCUCCAUCUCGCGCUCCUGUCAUCUGUCGGUGGCACGAGUGGGUAGUAGCGGAGCGGCAGCGGCACGCUCUUUCGACUACCUGUUGUGCCGACGUUCGAAGCGCGCCACAGCCUGUCCUUUCCUCCCGCUCCCAGUCACUCGUUCGCUCACUCUCUCUCUCUCUCUUUCUCUCUUUCAUCCUCCCUUACUCCUUUAACUUCUCCCUCUCUCUCUCUCUUUCUGUGUUUCUCUACCGGUCGGUCGGCCGUGCGUGCGUCCGUCCAUACGUACCCUCCCCCCCUCGUAAGCUCCCCCUCUCUUCUGCCAUAUCCCUCGUGGCGUCGUCGUACCUCCACCACCACCACCACCACCACCACCACCACCACCACUACUUUCAUCACUACCACCACCGCCACCACCGCCGCCACCACCACCACCACCGUUACCGCCAGCAUACAGCCGCUGCUGCUACCGCCGCCGCCGCCGCCGCCGCCGCCGCCGCCGCCGCCGACGACAACGACGACGGCGACGACGACGAUGAGUGCCGAGCGGUUUUCCGACGGCGGAACGAAGCGCGCGCUCUUCGCCUCCUCGAGACUCUCGCUAAAGCGCGCGCACGCGCGCGUCCAUUGACAGACAGAGAGUAUUUGUUAGAAAGAGCGAGAGAGGAAGAGGGACCGAGGGUGAGGGUGAGAGAGAAAGAAAGAGGGGGGUAGAGAAGAGAGAGAGAGAGAGAGGGAGGGAGGGAGGGUUGGAGGGAGGGAGAGAGAGAAGCGCGCGAGAUACGGAUACCGAAGAUCGAGAGUGCGCGAUCGGUCACGCUCACGUGGAACGUGUCUUCUUUCUUAUCUUCCGCUUCUACUGCUAUUACUACCUACUACUACCACUAGCACUACUACUACUACUACUAUUACUACUACUACUACUACUAUUCCACUACUACUGCUACUACCAUCACCACUACCAUCAUCACUACUACUACUAUUACUAUUACUGCUAUUACUACUACUGCUAUUACUACUACUACUACUACUACUACUAGUAUUAUUACUAUUCUCCCGUUUAUGCGUGAACUCGUCGAGUAAGGAUUCGGUGCAACUUGAGGAAGUGGAGGAAGAGAAGGAGGAGGAAGAGGAGGAGGAGGAGGAGGUGAAUCGAGCGCGUCAAAUGCCGCUCGUUGUCGGCUCGCCUGUCAGCUGCCGAUGGAGGAUGCUCAAACGGGUAGCAUCGAGGGCUACUGACGAGGUCAACGUCGCCGUCGAAUCUACCGACAGAGACAAGAACGAAGAGGAGGACUUGUUUGUCUUACGAAUUGCAAUAGCUUAUCACUGAGCUGGCUUACUCUGCGGUGGAUCUAGGGGGCUGUAUGGAGGCCGGGGGGCUUCUGCCUCGCCAGCCCUCGCAAGGCCCCCCCGGCAUUGCCCCUGCCUCCAUAUCUGUGUGCGUGGGGCAGGGCCCAAACGGUAAUAACAAUAACAAUACCAACAAUAAUAAUAAUGGACCGACAAAUAUUGUUGGAAAUCCUGUUAUCGGUCAAUCCAACUCCGUAGCUACGACCGCCUCUAUCCAUGAUCUGAAUGCCGUCGGACAAUUGAGCGUGACAAGUCAACAGCAACUACAAUUGCAACAACAAAUGGGUCAAGCACCCGGCAUGGGUGAGGUCCUCACCCCGAAAAGGCAGGCGGUCGUCGAUCGUCUUCGGCGUAGGAUCGAGAGUUAUCGUCGCAGGCAAACCGAUUGCGUGCCAAGAUUCGACCAGAGCUUCAACGGGCUAUGCGAGCAAAACAUACAGGACACCCUGGUGUUGAAGCAACGAUUUCUCGAGAGCAAGGCCAAGAGGCAGGCGAAGAAGACGGACAAGAAGCAGGCCGAGCAGCCCGUAGGUCUCUCCAGCGUUCACGUGCAGCAGAAAUUCUUAAAGAGAACGGCCGAGGAGUUGGAGGCAAGCGGGGGUGGCGGAGGCGACGGAGGAUUCGGCGAGCCACCGGUAAAGCUACAAUGCACGCAAGCCCAGCAUCAGCAUCAAGCGCAGCUUACCAGCGGUGGCGGAGGAGGAGGAGGCGGAGCCGGAGGUGGUGGGCCUCACCACGGCCACGGGCAGCAUCAGCCCGGAAACGGUGCGAACUCGACGGGUCCGAACGGACCAGGUAGCGGAGCUGGCGGAGGCGGAGGUGGCGGCGGAACCGGUGGAGGUGGUGGUGGCGGUGGUGGGGGUGGAAACGAAGGUCUGACCAAGUUCUCCGUCGAGAUCGUUCAACAACUGGAGUUCACGACCUCGGCCGCGAACUCUCAGGCACAGCAAAUAUCGACGAACGUGACGGUAAAGGCAUUGACGAACGCUUCCGUGAAAAGCGAUUUAUUGAACGCCUCGUCCUCGCCUAAGCCGGACCCGAACGGCGGCGGUGGCGGAACUGGAGGCGGUGGCGGUGGUGGAGGUGGUGGGAAUGUUAGGACACAGCCGGGAAACGGAACCGGUGGAGCUGGUGGUCCAGGCGGCCCUGGUGGUGCUGGCGCCGCAGGUGCCACGGAUGGAAUCGGUUGCGUCGACAUCGCUAAUCUCGUCGAGUGCAAACAAGAACCCGAUAACGAAUUCGUCGAUCUUGAACAGUGCGCCGCCGCAUUGGAAAAGGACGCGGCAGUGAACGGAGCCGGUUUCCCUGGCUUUUCUGAUUUCAUGGGUGACGACACCGGCGACGAGAUCAUUACGUCGGACGCUUUUAAAGAUCUCAUCUCGGAAAUUUCGGAUUUCCAUCCGGAAUUCAUGAAAGACUUUGAUUUUGAGGACAAGAGCGUAGACGCGUUGGCGAACAACGCGGCAGCUGCCGUCGCGAAUGCUGCCGCUGUCGCAACCGCAGCGGCCGUAGCUGCUGUAACUAAUGGAAAUAAUCCUAAUAACAAUGGAAUGCCUCCGAACAACGGACAGAUCAAGAUCGAAGACGACAAGGAUACUAUUCACCAUCAACAGCAACAACAGCAACAACAGCAACAGCAACAACAGCAGCAGCAACAUGGGAACAGUAAUAAUAACAACGGUGUGAAUAACGGUACGACCGCCAAUAACGGCAACGCGUUACCUGCCAAUUCCAGUCCAAGUGCGCUCGCCUCCUCUCAGUAUUCCCCCGCCCGACUACCUUACUCCGGUCUAGACUUUAAGUCCGAAAUGAGCCCGGCAGCUCAGACGCUCAAACAGAUGGCCGAGCAGCAUCAGCACAAGAGUCAGCAGCUAGGCCUUGGCGGUUUCAAUCCGACAGCAGCGGCAGCCGCAGCUGCGGCGGCUGCUAGAGGACCAGCGGCUAGAUCACCUUAUGCCGAAUUUUCUCAAUUUACCGGAGCUUCGGACUAUUUGGGUAGUCCAGGAAGCACAGCACCUCCGGGUGGACAAAAUCAAACUCCAGGAUCUGGUACCGGAUCGUAUCACAAGAACAAUGGCGCAACCGGUUUCCAAAGUCAACAAACAAACGACAUGUUCGUCAGUUCCCAAACACAAUUUGCCCCCGGCUUGCCGGACAUGAAGAGAUCGCAACCAAACGCGGGUGGUAAGCCGAGUAUGCUGGGACCAAGUGGUGGCUAUAAACAACAAUAUUCUCCUUAUGGAAGUCCAGGCUCUAUGCCGAAUCACGGUAGUCCAGGAUAUCCACUACCUCCGAGAGGAUCGCAAAGCGGUGGUCCUAAUCAAACUGGAUCUCAAGGACCCUUUACCAGCUCCACACCACCAAGACCUCCCUCGGGACCUGGUACCUCUACAUUGCAGAUCAAUCAAGCGCAACAACUGCACAUUAGUAAUCCGGGACAUCAGAUUCAGGUAUCCGCGGGGCAGCAUAUGCAACUCACAGGAGAUUUGAAACCUGGAGUAUCCGUGGCUGCUCAGCAGGGCAUGUACUUUAAUCAACAACAGGCACCCAAUCAAUCAGGACCCGGCCAAGCGGAUACUUACUGCUCUGUGUCUCAAUCUCAGACCAUUAACUUCACUCAGCAAAGUCUGAGACAGAGAGCAGCCGCCGCUGCUGCGGCGGCUGGUGGCGUUCCGCAAGCUGGUGCUGC